UAUUGGAAAAAGUAAAUUAGAAUAUUUGUUUGUUUUUACAGAGCUAUAUAAAAGGCGAGAAGUGAUAAGCAAAAUGUUGAUUCAUGGCUAAUUCCACAAUGGAACAAUCACCCUAUGGCUCUCGACGACGAGAGGAACCCGAUUUCAAUCUCAGAGAAUGGGCUUUGAGGGCUCAAAUCAGUCGCGAGAACACCAAAUCAAGAAGGUUUUCCGGAUCACAUAUUAGAAGUAGUUUCCGAGAAGAUGCAAGGUCUUUUAGAUCAAGCAUUACCAUCUCUAGCACUGCCUCAUCUCCUGGUUACUCUAUCAAAGAAGAAAUUGACCCUUCAACAUACUCCUUCACUGCCGCUCUCAAGGCAUUGCAGGCAAAAGCAGGUUAUAACAGCUGGGAAUGCUCAUCACCUGAUGGGUUUGCUUUAAAUUCAAAGUGGAAUGAGGCAGAGAAGUAUAUAUGUAACCCACUUUCAGGAGAGGUACCAAUGGAAUGUUUAUCAGCAAAAACACUUAGUGGGAGAUCAUUUCGUAAAUCAGCAAAUAGACUAACAAUGUCUGCACCUCUUGUUUACUCUUCCCAUUCGAAGAAAGUCCACACAAAGCCUUCCAUGGCUAUACCAGAUGAUGGUGUUCAUUUUCCACCUCAAGAAAAGAAAAUGGAGGGCAUGACUAGAGAUGUUGGGACUCAAAGCACACCACCUGACCUUAGUUCAAGUAGCCCUAGCCCUGCCUCUACUCCUAUUAUAGAGAGAUCUUUGAAGAUAUGUGAAGGAGGUGGACAUUCGCCUAAUAGUAAUGGAAAGUUGAAAGCUGAAGGGAAGGUGGAAGAAGAGAAAGAAACAAGAAGAGUAAAAGAGGAAGGAGAAGAAGAAGAAGAAACAAAAGGAGAAAGCGAAAAAGAGGAUAGGAAGAAAGAGGAAAACGAGCAAAUGUGGAGGUGCAGCAGCAGCAUGCAAGGUGGGUGCUUGUCAUGGAUGAGAAAAAGGCAGAGAGAGAAACACAAACCAAGAAAGGGAAAUAUCUUUCUCCUUAAUCUUGAAGGAUGCCAACAAAAAAUGAAAGAGAAAUAUUUGGAGGGUUUUCGAGAUUCCUUCUCUCCCGCAAACAGAAAGAAAGAAAGAGAGAGAAAUUUUGGCAUGCAUGCAUGGACUUGUGCCUGUGGUCGUGAAAAUGAGGGAAUCAUGGAUGGACGGAGGUGAAAGAUGGUGGCAUAUUCCAAUGGUGGUGCUGAUUAUUUCUGUAUUAUUGCUUACUUUUUUUAUUUUGGGUAAUAGUAGCAAGUGAUGUUACGUUUUGUUUUGUUCCUCUGCUAUGGUGGAAAUUGGUUGACAGCUUUUGGGUUCACGUGGGAGCUUUUGUUUGUGGUUUUAGAAUGGAAAGGUUCUUCUCUCUCAUACACUGAUAUUCAGAUGCCAUAAUUUCAUUUCGGUAAAAUAAUAAAUCUUGGAUAAAUUGUUUAGCUAUCACAUAUAUUUUAUUCAGUUUAAAAAUCAACUUCUCAUCAGCAGCAGACACAGCAAGACAAUGAAAAGGAGAUGCUUGAAGUUGAAGGUCAUUUAUCUCAUGUGUUGAGCAUCUUCGAGAAGACCAUUAAUGGAGCUAGUAAUUAGAAUUAUCAAUUAUCAUGUGUAGAAACCGUAUAAUUAAUUAACUACUGCUGCCAAUCUCUCUAAACUAUAGAAAUAGAAUUUUUCUCCAUCUGUUUCUCUUGUUCUAAGGGCUUUGUCCCUCGUUUUUUUGCUGGCAAGCGGCCUCCCUGCUUCUCAAGAGCAAGGGGUCUCCUCCACCCAAGAGUGAGUUCUCCUUCAUCCUUUUUGGAUGGAUAGGGUUUUGGUUUGCAGAUCCAAAGCUUUUAUUGGCAGGAACUUUGAUCGACUUAUGCAGCCUUGAAUCGUCGACUAUGAGUGUAUACUCCUGGUUUUUAUGGUGGAGAUGGGAGCUUCUCUAUUGGUGGGUGCCACUAUUUCUUGCAUGACACCGGAGACAUUAUUGCAAAGUGCUGGUGGUUCACGGGAUGCGAUCUAGAGGUUAGUCCAGAAGGCGCUAGUGGUACGCCAAAAAACCCACCGCCCAUAUCCUCUGCCUAAUUUGGUCAUCAAUGUGAGUUUCUAUGGUUUCUUCGUAUGUGAGAGUUACAGGGCUCUAGAGUUGUGCUCUGGUGGAAUUCUUAGAAAAAAGGUUCCCAAGGUUUAUAAUGCUGGCCUUCCAUCUGAGAUUGUGGCUGCCCCUUCCGGCUAAAGCAGAUUGAAAGCCAUCAAAAUACUCUCUUUUCUCCCGAGUCCCUAUGAUUCCAUGUUGCUAUGAUCUUGUGCUUCAAUUGGUUUGUGUUGAACUUCGUUUUUUUUUCUGAUUCUCGUUGAUGUGGCUGGGGAUGAAAGACUACCGGCAAAGAUGCUGAAGAUUCUGGGAGAGGCUGGUCCUCCAUGCAGUGCUCGUGCUUAGCUCAUCUAGGCUAUUGAGUCCGGGUUGCAAGCAACCCUUUUAGAAUUUCUGUUGGGUUAUGCUUGUAUGGGUUAUGGUGUCUUUAGCUAGGUUUGUGUUUAGACCAUGGGU